AUGGGCGCGAUCCUCAAGGCCCGGCCGCAGCGCUUCACCGGCCCCCAGGCAGCCGCUGACUGGGCGGUGCGCAGCGGCACCUGCAAGCGCGCAGAGGCGGCGGGUGUGUCGUUCCCCAGCCAGGUCGUCCCAUGCGGCAGUGGCGGCACUGGCGGCGGCGAGGACGGCGGCGAUGGGGGCGGCGGGCCGGGGGACGGGUGGCGGUGGCGAACCCCCUUGGAGCUGAGUGAACCUCACUGGGAGGGCUGGUACUCGGGGCUGAGCACGCUGUUUCUGGGGCUGCCGGUGCCCAAGAUGCUGCUGCUGGCCGGGACUGACAGGCUGGACCGGGAGCUGACAAUCGGCCAGAUGCAGGGCAAAUUCCAGCUGGUGCUUAUGCCCACAGCCGGCCACGCCAUUCAGGAAGACGAGCCCGAGAAAACGGCGGAGCACCUGGCGGCGUUCCUGCACCGCUUCCGCAUCGGGGAGCCGCCUAUGGCCAUCCCCCGCGCGGCGCCGGGCGUGCGGCCCGUGCUGCCAGUUGCGGCGGGGCCGCUCGCGCCGCAGGGGCGUGGGGGGCUGCGGGAAUGA